AUGCGCGCGGAUGGUGAUUCAGUGGCGAAGAUAGCCGAGGCGCUCGGAGUCCACCGUGGAACCGUCUACCGCAUCUGCCUGCCGCAGAACAAGCCGCGGGAGCCGUGCGGCGGUCGACCGAGGAGCAUCACGCCGCGCGACGAGGCGAAGAUGCUCGAGGUGUUUCAGAGGCACCGCGCUCUGCCGCUGCGACGCAUUCAACGCGAGCACCUCAGCCAGUACUCGCUGGGCACCCUGCGGAGGUACUUCACCAAACUCGGCUUCUCCAGCUGCUCCAGGGUGUCGAUGUCAGCGUGUUUGAGCGUCCUCGGCACUGCUCGCCCGGUGAAUCGCAGACAACCACCCUCCCCCCAGCCACCUCCCACCUAA